ACAGGGAGAUCGGGGGAUGACAGUAAAAGCUGCAUACAAAGCCCUAAAACCCUACCAAUCAGACACCAGGAAGAACCCACACAAAUACCAAACCAACAAGUUACACUACAUCUACAAACUGGUAUUUCGGCUACAAAGUACAGCACAGUGACCACUGACAACGCACGACCCGUCACUAGGGCCUCUUCACGAAGCUACCCACGGCCACAAGAAACGACGACAGGGCACCGCUAUCCGCGUCCAAAUCAGACCCCGACUUGGGAUGGCUCAUGGGACGGGCCGACAUUGAAUGUAGCCGAUGGACGCAACUCCAAACCGAUAGCAAACCCACCAUGA